AUGUCCAUGAGCUGGGAUUGGGAUCUCGUCUGGCAGGCCGCGCGCUCCGAUACUUCCACAUCCAUCGUCGCCGUCAUGGUCCUCGCUGCCUUCGCGUCUGGAUCGAAAUCGUCACAGGAAAAGUGGCUCAAAGAGCUGCUCGAGGAAAACGAAGCCAGGCUCAGGAAUGAGUUAAGGUCCCUUUCUGACAACUCCACCCAGGACCUCCGGCGAACUGUAAGGGAAUUAGAGGCGAGGGUUAUAGAGCUUACGGAGGACAGCAAAACGUACGCCAAUAACCUCAAGGGUAUGAAGAAUACCUACAUGAAGCUCGUUAUGGACCUGGAGGAGGACAUCAGGGAGUUGAAGGAGAGUCAGGCGAAGGCCAUCAAGGAGUUGAAGAAGUCGCACGCGGGGGAGAUAGAGAGGUUGAAGGAGACUCACUCAAAGAGCAUCCGGGAGCUCAAUGAAGGUCAUGCAAAGGACAUCAAGGUUUUGAAUACCAGACUGGAGGACAAUUGCCGCUCGAGGAGGGACUCGGUUCGGUCGAUGUUUCGCGAAGACCUGGCCAAGGAAAGGGAGGAGCGCAUGUCGGCCGACGCUCAACUCUCGACACGCCUCGCUGAUCUAUGUAAAGACAUGGCCGCACGCAGAGAAAACGACGACGACAGAGUUCAGAGGCUCAAAGCGCUAAUCGUCGAGAGCGAGGAGCGUUGGGAAGACACGUCCGACGAGCUCUACGCCACUACGCGUCUCCUAUCCAACCGGAUCACGGAUGUACAAGACACAGUCGAUACGCAAGUUCCCCGGCUUUGA